ACGGAGUUUAUAUACCGUGUAGUUGUACUAUAGCAGCCUGGCUAUUUUACAAUGCUCUUUAUAGCAGCCUGAUUUUCGUAGCAGAGUUCGCACACGGAGCAGCACGCACGACUUGCAUCGCAUUGCACGUCGAGCAUCAUCAUCAUAGUCGUCGUCGCCUACUCAAAGCGCAUACAAGAAAGAGCAGUGUGCGGCCGUACGAGGCCUGCUUCGCACCAUACCAACAACCUGCAGCAAGCAGCCGUGCACAUGUACACGACUAUCGAAGAAUUGUGGCAGCAAGAGAAGCAUCGUCGCUAUCGGAAAUAAUCGUUGCAGUGCGCGUUGUCAGUGCAGUGAAGUGUGCGUGUUUAUGUGUCGUUACGCGUGAGAGCAACGUAACGCGAGAUGUCAGAUUAUCUGAGAUCAGCCUUUGGCUACCUGAACGGUGGCCCGGCUGGCUCCAACGGCGGCGAUGCGUCAUCGACGACGGCCUACACGGCGACGGCCACAUCGUCGGCGGGCAGCGAAUUGGUCGGACAGAAUCUCGACGUCAACGGCGUCAAAUUGAGAGUCACUCGAUUGAUCGCCGAAGGAGGAUGGGCCUUAGUUUUUGCUGUGGUAGAUGUUUCCACUGGAAAAGAAUACGCUCUCAAACGGAUGAUAGCAGUUGAUGAAGAAGCCAAAAAAACAAUACAUCAAGAAAUAGAAACUUUGAAAGCUUUGACGAACCAUCCAAACAUCAUACAAUUUUUGUGCGUACAGCAAGUUAAUAAAAGUGGAUCCAGAGGAGAUGAAUAUUUAUUAGUGACAGAAUUAUGCCCUGGAGGGACUGUAGCGGAUAUUUUGAGAAAUGUAUCAGUAAAUUCGCUUAGUGUUGCUCAAAUAUGUAGAAUAGCUUAUCAAGCCACCAAAGCUGUUCACCAUAUGCACAGUCAACCUCAGCCUUUUAUACAUAGAGAUAUUAAGUUAGAAAAUUUUCUUAUUGGACAAGAUGGUUUGGUUAAGCUUUGUGAUUUUGGAAGUACAACCCUCCAACAAAUAUUACCAGAUACUUCCUGGAACGCUCAAAAACAUGCACAACUUGAAGAUCACUUGGCCAAAUAUACAACACCUAUGUACAGAGCUCCAGAAAUGAUGGAUACAUGGAGUAAUGAGCCAAUUGGUCCACCAGUGGAUUGUUGGGCUCUUGGCUGCGUAAUAUAUACACUAGUAACUUUAAGACAUCCUUUUCCAGAGGGUAACAAGUUAGCUAUAGUCAAUGGCAAAUAUACUCCAAUCCCAAACAAUCCAACAUUAGCUUGUUUCAAUGAUUUGAUCAAGGGAUGUUUAGAAACUUCUCCCAUGCAGCGCUUAACUACUUCAGCAAUUUUAGAACGUUUAGCAGCAAUAGCAGAAUCGAAUGGUUUUGAUCCACGUGAGGCUGCAAACAUUGAGCCAAUUAAGCCUGCUCAACCCGUAAUUCCACCAAGACCCGGACCUCACAAUGCUGCUGCAGUUCCACCACCUAGACCAGCACCACCAGGAAGUAAUAACUCUAUGCAACCACCACCAAGACCAGGACCUCCAAGGCCAGGGCCUCCAGGACAGUAUGGACAACCCCAACAAUCUUCAGGCUCAGGCUUGUUCAGUUCGAUCAAAGGCGGGGCUGGCAGUAUUUUCCGAAACCUCAAGGAUACCUCGUCGAAAGUCAUGCAGACCGUGCAGCAAAGCAUAAAUCGCACGGAACUCGACGCGAGUUACAUCACGUCUCGCAUCCUCGUUAUGCCUUAUCCAGCCGACGGUAUCGAGUCGGCUUACCGUGCGAAUCACGUGGAAGACGUCCGUGCGUUUUUGCAAGCUCGUCAUCCACCGCCUACGAAAAUACAAUUUUAUAAUUUAUCCAAGGGACGACCUAACGUGGCCAGGCUCAUUGGCAAGCACAUAGAUUGCUCGUUCGCGUUUACGUCGGGCGAGGCCAAUGCACCUCUGCUCUCCGCUAUUUAUCAAAUUUGUCAAGAUAUUCAUAGGUUUUUAGAUGUUGAUGUACACCACACCGUCGUCCUUUAUUGCAAUGAUGGCUUAAGAGCUAGCGCCGUCGUAGCUUGCUCGCUUCUGCUUUACUCGGGAGUCGUGCACACCGUCGACGAAGCUCUGAAUCUCUUUGCGACGCGUCGCUGCCAGCCGCCGCAAAUUCAACCUUCUGAAAUUAAGAUGAUCGAGUACAUGGCGCAGUUGGCUAACCACAAGUUACCGCAUAUGAAGCCACUAAUACUGAGAUCAUUGCUCGUCCAACCUGUCCCUCUUUUCACUAGAGCCAGGGAUGGCUGUCGUCCAUACGUUGAGAUUUACAGUAAUGGAGCAAUGGUUUUUUCAACCAAACGCAACGAGUACGAAGAGAUGAAGCUGUUCGGUAUGAACGAGGGAAAAGUGUGCCUGAUCCUAGGCGACGCUGCGGUACGAGGUGACAUCAGCAUGGUGCUCUAUCACGCGAGGCAGCAACUGGGCCGCGUGAUCGGCAUCAAAAUGGCAUCCUUUCACUUCCACACGGGCUACGUGCCGCUCAAGGACUCGACCCUGAUAUUCGAGAAGAAGGACUUGGACGACACGCCCGAGAUAGGCGGCCACUUUCGCAUCGUGGUCAACGCGAUGAUCGGCGAAGAUUCGGCUAAAUUCGCCAGGGUGCCGGCACCCUGGGAGGCCGAGGACGCCACCACCGAGCACAUAAUUCCCGAUCCACUGUUCGGUAGCACGUUAGAGAUGGAAGAGACUUUGGAAAACUUUAGAAUCGAAGGAUCAAUCAACCAUUUGCGGCAAUCGAAGGAACCAACUCCGGAAGCCGCCCCGCUAGUUCGGCCGUCUUCGUCACCAACGCCACCACCUCGUCCACCGCAAUUGCCGCGUAAGCCAUCCUUGGUUGCGGACUUUCCUCCGCCGCAAGUCGAAGCUGAUCUUCUCAAUUUAGGCGGUGGUCCGUCCUCCGAUGCAACGCCAGCGCCGGCUCCGACGCCAACGUACAUCAAGCCGGAAUUCGACAUAUUUGCCCAAGAUGCGACGCCAUCAGCCGCUCCGCUGAUCGACAACAAACCCGCCGCCGCCGUCAAUGAUGAUUUAUUGGGCGGUUUCGGCUCGUUCGUUCAAGCGCCUCCGCCUCCGAAUACUCCGACUGCAAAUCAAGCCAAGUCGGCGGCAGAUUUGAUGUUCGGUCAAACGAAUGGAGAUCUGUUGUUUGGUCAGAGCAAAAAUAAUUUUGGUUCGACGAAUACUUCGCAGUCCAAAGAUAUUUUCGAUCCAUUCGCUGGUAGCAGCAAAUUAGGCAAUUGGGGUGAACCAAAGGCAGCAGCUAAUACUUUGAACACUGAAAAUGUCUUUCCACGUAAUACUAGCGUACCAAAUUUCAAAAAUCCACCUCCAAAGCCCGAUCCAUUCGCAGAUCUAGCCGGUACCAUGGGAGCGGGUUUGGCCUCCAGCUGGAACGGUACAACGAAUACGCCUCAAUCUCAAAGUCCAGCAACCGGAGGGACCCCAAUCCAUGCGACUACCCCGCGAAUGCAACAGGCUCACACACCCAUGUAUGAGAUGCCGCAAACUAACGUGUCAUCCGAAAAACCACCGAAAAGCGGUGACGCUUUUGAAGAUUUACUAGGCAGUCAAGGCUACAAUUUUUUCACAUCGAAGAAGGCCGAAAACAACGGACCGAAAACGAUGAACGAGAUGCGCAAAGUCGAGGCAGCUAAAACUAUGGAUCCCGAAACGCUCAAAGUUGCCGAGUGGACCGAGGGCAAGAAAGGGAAUCUUCGAGCAUUACUUUGUUCGAUGCACUCGAUCUGUUGGGACGGCUGCAAGUGGCAAAAAUGCGAGAUGCACAUGUUGGUAUCGCCGGCCGACGUGAAAAAAGCCUACCGAAAAGCAUGUUUAGCUGUACACCCAGAUAAACAAGUUGGCACGGAGAAUGAAAAUUUAGCAAAACUAAUGUUUAUGGAGUUAAAUAAUGCCUGGAGCACCUUUGAGAACGACGCAUCACAACAGAAACUUUUUAGCUAAUUAUCAUCAAUCGUUACUUGUUUUAGAGUAUCACGAUUAAUAUAUUUAAAUAUAUAUUAUAUAUAUAGACCAACGUGAAAUGUUGUUCGUUGGAGCGAGAUUAAUUUCGUUGCUAUGUGUGAGGUGUACGUUGAAUGAUAACAAAAAAUCAAGAUGAAGUCAAGCUCAUCUUUUAUCGCAUUCCUUAUUACAAUUAAUAUACACAUAGGUGAAAAAAAUCCAGUCGAUACGUUUUGGAAUCAUUGAAAAUAAACGUAUUCUUUAAAUCGCUCUUACCAGCUUUGCAAUAAGUAAUCUAUUUUAUCGGCUCUAAAAUCUCCUAAAUAAUUGUUUUUGAAAUUUUAAGAAAAAACGAUACAAGAAAUGAAAAUAAUUGAGCGUUGAUGAACAUAUGUUAUAUAUUAAUGAACAAUUUUAUAUUUUUUGCUGUAGUCGUGACAAGUGAAGCCUUAUGUUGAUUGUGAUCGCAAUGUAACACGCUAUCAGCGUAAAUACAUUUUAUUCACAACAUGAAGUGCGAAGCGAGUUUGAAAAAUGAUUUUGUUAAUGAAGACUGCUUAAAACAAAAUGAGAUUUAUAUAAACAAUUGAAUUUUUUUUAUAAUUUUAAGAAUACUUUUAUUCUCCAAACCAUAGUCAAGACUUAUUAAUUACCGGUUACGAAGUAGUUUCAAAAUAUUGAUAUAAUUGAGCUGCAUGAUUUUACUUUUUCCAUUAAUUGGUAAUUAAAUAGAUCGUUGCAUUUAAAAACAUUCAGGAAGCAAAGAUUAGUGUUUUUAAAGAUAUUUUAUUUAUAUGUAAUGUAUAUUUGUGGUCGGAUAUUUUUUUAUACUCGAAACUUGUGAGUCGAAGGAAAUUAACAUGGGCAAUUGCAAUUGUUAUAAAAGCACUAAAUACCUUUAAAAAUUUUAAUCUUAGUGUGUCAAUUGAUAUGUUUGUUUAUAGUAUAACAAUUUUGUUAACAAUUCAAUCUUUGAAAAAUUAACUAUUUUUAACUACGCGAAAAAAAGUACUUGAAUGAUUAAUUAUACACUUGUUGAUGCGAUAGAAACUAAUAAUUGCAUGCUUCAUACAUUUGAAUGUACAAUUCAAUAUGCUAAUGAUAUGUAAGAUUUUUAAAUGAAACUUUAUUCUGAUCCUUGUUCUCUGCAGUCGAAAUGAGCUUAUAACAUGCACUUCACAAUGAAAAAUAAUUGUAUAAAAGAAUGAGUAUAUUGUAUGUACAUAAAAAAAACAAUGUAAAUUAAAGUAAGAUAUUGUCCUAAAAAAGAGAUAUAUGAAUAGACAUAUAAAGAAAGAUAAAACUAUUUUCUGUGCGAAAAGUUACAAAAUAUAUAUUAAAGAAAAAGGAAUCCGAUGAUACAUGGCGCACGUUAUCUUUUGCCGUGAUUUAUUCAAAUAUCAAUUUUGUGUAUUGAGCUGUCAAUAAUGUUUUACCCCCGUUAGAUUAAUUGUACCAAAACGAACGUUUUAUUAUGCUUUCAAUCUUAGUUUAAACGCAGGAGAAUGAUUUCUUUUACUCGUUUUAUUUACAAAUAAAAGAAAAUUCAUAAAUGA